UCUAAUAUGGCGGGAUGCUACACGUGGGUUUCCCCGUCAGACGUUGUUUUCGGCAUGGAAAGCUGAACAACGAUGUCUUCGAGUGGAAAUUCUAAGACUAAAGAAGAGGAAUUCGAAGACGUGAAAUUGGCAAUUUACGACAUCAUCAAAGGAAUUCAAGAUCCAGAGAAGCCCUCCUCACUUGAAGAGCUUGGUGUGGUCACCGAAGAGUGUGUUGAGGUAACUGAUUUGCCAGAGGGGUCUAAAGGAUACCAGGUUGUGGUGAAGUUCAUUCCAACUGUCCCUCAUUGCUCCUUGGCUACACUCAUUGGACUUAGUUUGAGAGCCAAGUUGCAAAGAGAUUUCCCAGAGAAGGUGAAGCUACAGAUUCUGAUAAAGGAAGGAUCUCAUUCAUCUGCUCAAGAAAUACCAUUGGCUGUUGCUCUAUGUGCCUCAAAUCCAAAGAACAAUGAGACCCUUCUCUUCAAGGCAGCUCGUUCUGGGAAUGCCUCUGAAACGAAGAGGCUCCUCGAGGCUGGGACCGAUCCCAACACCCGCCAUGAACUUGGCUGGACGGUUCUCCAUGUUGCGUGUGUCAAUGGACAAACAGAAGUGGUUCGGCUGUUGAUCGAAGCAGGUGCAGAUCUUGAUUCACGCGAUGAAUUUUCCACUGUGUACCAGGUGGCACGGGAAAAGCAGUUGCAUUCCUUGGACAUUUUGGCCACUCGGGAAGAUGAAUUCUGUGAUCGUCUCAGUGCAAGAGCAUCCUUUCGUGGUUGCACACCCCUCCAUUAUGCCAUCUUACUAGAUCACCCUGGGGUGGUUAGCCUGCUUUUACAAGCUGGUGCCAAUCCCAAAGCUGAGUCUGAUCUGGGACAUCUGCCAAGUGAUUAUGUACGUGGAGCUGCUAUGAAGAAACUCCUUGAUCAGUACACUGAGAAGUAUGUAGAAAAGGCAAGGGAGAAGGAAGCAGAGGAGAGAAGAAAGUUCCCACUCGAAAAACGUAUAAAAGAAUACAUUGUCGGACAAGAAGGAGCAAUUACGACAGUUGCAGCCACAAUCCGCCGCAAAGAAAAUGGUUGGAUUGAUGAGGAACAUCCUCUUGUCUUUCUCUUCCUAGGAUCAUCUGGAAUUGGGAAGACAGAAUUGGCAAAGCGUGUUGCAGAGUAUCUCCACAAGGGGAAAAAAGGAGCUUUCAUCCGGCUUGAUAUGUCUGAGUAUCAGGAAAAGCACGAAGUAGCAAAACUCAUCGGAGCACCUCCAGGUUAUGUUGGCCAUGAUGAAGGGGGGCAGUUGACCAAGCAAUUGAAGGAAUUCCCCAAUGCAGUUGUUCUCUUUGACGAAGUUGACAAAGCUCAUCCAGACGUUCUCACUGUCCUCCUGCAGCUAUUUGAUGAGGGUCGUCUGACAGACGGGAAGGGGCGUACCAUCAGCUGCAAGGAUGCCAUCUUCAUCAUGACUUCCAACCUAGCCAGUGAUGAGAUCGCAACGUAUGGUGCUCAGCUGCGCAGGGAGGCAGAAGAGGUGGCCAAGCAACGUUAUGAAGAAAAGCUGGAUGACAAGGAGCUAGUUGAACGUAUUACAGUGUCUAAACACUUCCAAGAGGAAGUCGUGAGGCCCAUUUUGAAGAAGCACUUUCGCCGAGACGAAUUCCUGGGCCGCAUCAACGAGAUGGUCUACUUCCUGCCUUUUAGCCGAAAAGAACUCCUCGCCCUCGUCGAUAAAGAACUCCAGUUCUGGGCCCGAAAAGCUGUAUCCAAACAUGGGAUAGAAAUCAAGUGGGACCGGAAUGUUCUCAAUGUCCUCGCUAACGGCUACAACAUCCAUUACGGCGCACGAUCGAUCAAGCACGAAGUGGAGCGUCGAGUCGUGAAUCAGAUUGCAGCCGCUCACGAGAAGCUUCACAUAAUACCUGGAUGCUCCAUAUUGAUCACAGUGGAUGAAGGAAAGGGCAUUGGAGAUGACUGUGCCAUCAAGUUGAAGGUGCGAAAGAAGGGCCAGAAGGAGUACGCAGCGGUGGAUCUCCUGGCCGAUCCAUCGCCGAUAAAAACGAGCAAUGCUAUUGCGUAG